AUGAAGAAGAGACAAGUAGUGAUAAAACAAAGAAAAAACUCUUACACUACAACAUCUUCUUCGAGCAACGUCCGUUACGUUGAGUGUCAGAAGAAUCACGCCGCUAACAUCGGCGGCUACGCCGUUGACGGUUGCCGGGAGUUUAUGGCAAGCGGCAGCGAAAGAACCGAUGAUGCUUUAACGUGUGCUGCUUGUGGCUGUCACCGGAAUUUUCACCGCAAAGAAGUUCAAACGGAGGUUGUUUGUGAGUAUUCUCCUCCUGACUCAAUCAACUAA